ACAUACACACACACACACCAACACGGAUUUUAUUAGUUGUGUUUGUUAUCUAAAACAAGUUCUGUUUUUUAAGAUUUUCGUCUCAAUUCUCUCUGAUUCCUUUCCCACAAUUGUUGGGUUCUUUUCUGUAUAUAUUUUAAUAUACACAUCUUUCUGUACACUGUUUUGCAUCGAUUUUCAUGUCGACCACAGCCAUGCGGGACAAUUCAGGGGAUUCAUCAUCACUGGAACAAUCAUUAGAUAGGGACUCACAGUCUGAUGAAGAUGUUAGUGAGGAAGAAGGUGAUGUCAGCAAAGGAACCCAUAUGCCAUAUAUUCCUACAGAUAGCUAUGGACAUGGACAACAGCCGCUUGAGCCUGGAGCUCUAAAUAUACUCCCCAGAAAUGAAGAAGCCCUUGCAUUGACACAACAGCCUGAACUUGUCGGCCACUCAGUUGCUUGUGCUCCAAAUCCUUAUUACGAUCCGUACUAUGGUGGGAUGAUGGCAGCUUAUGGACAGCCCAUGAUUCAUCCUUCAUUCGUUGAUAUGCAACAAGUGAGGAUGCCUCUGCCCCUUGAAAUGGCACAGGAACCUGUUUAUGUGAAUGCCAAACAAUAUCAUGCGAUAUUGAGGCGAAGACAAGCGCGUGCCAAAGCAGAGCUUGAAAAGAAGCUUAUUAAGGACAGAAAGCCUUAUCUUCAUGAAUCCCGGCAUCAACAUGCCAUGAGAAGAAUGAGAAGUUCUGGUGGCCGUUUUGCGAAGAAAACUGAAGCUGAGGCUUCAAGGAAUACAGGUGAUGACAAGAACACAACAUCAUCGAGUUCGUCAGGUAUGAAGCGGGCGAACUCCGAGUCUACCGAGAGUCUCAACACCCACCAAGAACCCAUGAAUGGAACGGUCAAUUCAUGCAAUGGUCACACGUAUGCAGUUGAUGGGGCACGUUAUGACAAUCAAGAUAGCUUUCAGGCAUCAUCAUAUUCGGACAUUAGGGAAGGUGGUUCUUUAGGGCAACAAUGGACAUCGAUACCAUCCAACCAGGCUUCACAGAGGGCCGUGGCAAUGAAGUGAUGAUGAUGAUGAUAAUGAUGAUCUCUUUGGCAUGGCCGGCAAAUCAUUCUUGGCUGUUCGAUGUGGAAGGGAGAGUUUGAAAGGUAAAAACGGGCUAUAUGGUGGCCUCUUAUCUCAUUUUCAGAUUCUUUUUAGUGGUUUGUACAAAAUAUAAUGUUGUUUAUGAGGAUUAGAAAGAACGGUUUAGGGCAUUUUGAAGCCAUAUAAAGUUAGUUAUUAGGGUUAAGGUGUUCAGGUUGGGUAAGUUCAGAAAUCCAUAUUCGCUGCUUGGUGUUUUAUUUUGUUUGGCAGUGUUGAAGCUUGUGCUUUCAUUUUUUGCA